CAAUUGCCAACGCAAGAAUUAUACACCACAAUACUCUACCCAGAAUCCAUACCACAAAAUGCUAGCAAUCCAGAAAGCCUCAAAACCCCCCCAAAAAUGCACCCCAAAUCUGCUCCCCGCGCGCCUAUCCCACAAUGGUCUAGUGCAUGAUACCGACAAGUACUGGAAACCCGUGACAGAGAGUGACAAGAAAAUGGCGUACUUUCGCGGUCGUGCCCUCCACGGCACAACGCUGGCUUUGCCGUCGAACUACACAGGCGCAGUGCUGAAUAUCACGGAUAAACAGCUUCCCACAGCCAACAGCAACAGAACAAUCGCCGAUGAUGAGGAUGAAGACGCGCAUGAUCAAUCAGCGCGGGUAGAAGUCUCGGCCAUCGAACAAGUAGGAACGUUCGAUGAGUUUGUAGUUUGGGGCCACGGUGGGACAGUGAAUGAGAGCGAGGAUCCGUAUGUGAGGGCGGUUGGAGAAUGGAUCGGUUUUGCGGAGAGUAUGCAUAUUGAUCCUGAAGGCAAAACGGAUGGCGAGGAGACAUGAGUGUAUUUGUACUUUCAGG